AGCUCCUUGAUUUACCAGCUUACCAACAGUCGAAGAGGAUUUCUAUUUUUCUGAGUAUGAAGGAUGAAAUUAGCACAACAGCGAUAUUACAACAUUCAUUAAGAUCUGGUAAGAAGUGUUUUAUUCCUCAGUACUUUAAAGGAGGUUCAAGAAUGAAAAUGGUAGAACUGAAGGAUUGGGAAGAUUAUCUUGCUUUACCUCUCACAUCAUGGAAUAUCAGGCAGCCAGCAGAUGUAGAUAUACGACCUGAUGCUGGACAAACUGGUGGAUUAGAUCUAGUUCUAGUUCCUGGUUUAGCUUUCUCAAGCCAGGGGGACAGAUGUGGAAGGGGGAAAGGAUAUUAUGAUACAUAUCUUCAAAAUCUUACAAAAACCCAGGCUGUACCUCCAAUGACAGUUGGACUUGGAUUUAAGGAGCAGAUCGUGGAGAACCUUCCAAUGGACAAACAUGAUUUUAAAAUUGAUGUAGUUAUAUCUCCAUAGAUUAAAGUUAUGUACACUG